CCCAUUAAAGUUUGUUCAACAAAAGGUUGUGUGAAAGUUGCACACCAACUUUAUGCAUGCGUGCGAACACGUUGUAGCUCAUUGAUAAAUCCAUAAAAAACCUAACUAUAGAAUUUUAAAGUAUUUCUUUUCUUGGGGACCGCAUUAGCUUAGUUUAAUUCAACCCACAAUGAUGUCAUACUUGUGGAUUUUCUGUUUGGGAAGUUUAAUCGUCACUGGAGUGAGGAUGCAAGAAGAUGCUGUUGAAGACGCUGAGAAUGCUGAGUCUGCGGCAGAUGACCUCGCCCCAGCAGAUGGAAAGGAAUCAACGGUUCCUGAUAAUGCCAACACCGCUGCAGAAGAUUUACCGCAAGAUUCAGACGACACAUCUGUCAGUGAUGCUGAUGGAGAGGCUGCUGCGGCUGAUCCAGUAGAGCCUGAAGAUGUAGAAGAGCCUGCGAUCCCUGCAGAUCCUGAAGCUGAAGACAUGAUCCCUGAACCAGAAGCUGCAUCAGACGUUGAGCCCACAGCAGAGAGUUCUGAAGAAUCAACAGCAGCUGAAGCAGAACCUGCUGAAGAAGAAGAAGCUCCUGCGGACGCAGAUGGAAGUGAUGUGACUGUAACAGAUGAUGCAGGUGAUGAGGAAGUAACAGAUGCUGCAGGCGAUGCAGAUGCCGAUGCUGCAGUCGAUGCAGAUGCAGAUGAUACAGGCGAUGCAGAUGCAGGCCUAGAUGCUGCAGGCGAUGCAGAUGCCGAUGCUGCAGGCGAUGCAGAUGCAGAUGCUGCAGUCGAUGCAGAUGCGGAUGCUGCAGGUGAUGCAGAUGCCGAUGCUGCAGUCGAUGCAGAUGCGGAUGCUGCAGGUGAUGCAGAUGCCGAUGCUGCAGUCGAUGCAGAUGCGGAUGCUGCAGGUGAUGCAGAUGCCGAUGCUGCAGGCGAUGCAGAUGUAACAGUCAAUCCGCAGGUUGAUGAACCUGAAGUCACUCAAACAGAAGCUCCAGAGGAACCAGCACAAGAGGAACCAAGUGAAGAUGAAGCAGAUACACCUGAAGGUCCUGCUGAAACAGACUCCAGUGAAGUAACAGAGGAAACAGUUGAAGAAAUUGCGAAAGCUGGGAGAGGAUUUGCUCUGUCUGGCACUUUCCCUGAUUUAGAUGAGGACCCUCAACUAGAAGAGGAUUUAGCAGAGAAUGAAUUUGGCGAUGCAGACACGCACAGCGCAAGUGACAGCGGUCCUGGGAAAGCACACAGUGCCGGAGCAUCGUCUGGCCCAAGUGACCGUGGAUCUGGUACUGUUGUUGGUGUUGUUUGUGGAAUCGCAGUGGCGGCCGUGGGUGCAAUUGCAGGUUACUUCACAUAUCAGAAGAAAAAACUGUGUUUCAAAGUCCAAAGAGGUGACCCAGAGAGCGCCAAAGAAGAGAACGGCACACAGAACGACCCUCAAGUUUUAAGCAAUCUUCUGCCUUCAUCAUGAAUGUACCAGUGAACGUGUCGUGCGAGCGCUGAAUUCCCAUGAUGCUACUGUGAACUGGUUCACAUCGGAACAGCAUGUUAUAACAACACAUAUCUACACAGCUUAAGGAUCAUGCUGCCCUUCACAAAUAAAUGGGUUUUCAUCAUAAAUUCACAGUUGAAUGGAUAAACACACAAAUGUCAAUUUCACAUUCAUUUAAAGUCCCUGUGUCAGAUAACAGUCCUUAUUCAUAAUCUCAUUUCCUUCUGUUUCGACUACAGUUCUAGUUAACAAGGACUGUUUUUGUUUUGAAUGUAGUUUCACAGUUUAAAUGGUGUGUUGUGUGCAUGUGUGUGUGUGUGUGUGUGUGUGUGUGUGUGUGUGUGUGUGUGUGUGUGCGCGUGCAUGUGUGUGUGUGUGUGUGUGUGUGCGUGCAUGACAGCCUUUUUUGGAUGAGGCAUUUUCAUUUUAAUUAAAAAUUAGUUUCUUGCUAUAUCGUUAAUCACAUUGUUUUGUUUGAUGUCAAGCAGCCACUGAUACGUAUAAAUCAGACCUGAAACUGUGGAAUAAUUCACAAAAUGAAAUUUUGUUCUGACCAAAUAGACAUUUUUUUAAAUUCUGUAAAUACUUUGUUUUUGACUUUGAAUAAAGGGUUGAUUCUGUUUAAAUGACUGUACAGUUAAUUGCACACUGUUUCAAAAUGAAAAUAAAAUGACCAACCAGA